GUGCUGUGAUGCAACUCUGAUAAGCUGCAUAAGCAACUCUCAAGUGAGGGCAGACAGAGGACUGGAGGAGAGAGGGAAGGAGGGAGUAGCAGACGGAUACACAUGGACCUCAAACUUCUACAUGCCACAGCACAGGACAUUUGUUUUACCCACUUCUCACCCAGGAUGGGACAUGAUUAUCAGUGUAGUGGGACCACCGUCUGACCUGUGUGGGACCUGUGUCGGAUCUGUUUGGGACCUGCUGGGACCUGGAGUGGAGGGUGGUGAAUCAGUGGUGUUAGUGCUGGCUGGGCAGAGCUGCUUAGUGUGUGUCAGGUCACCAUGUGAGAUAGCGGAGGGUAAGCUAGACAGUUUGUGUAACGCUUCAAUAGCCAAGGGGCCCUUUAAAUGUCGACUAUAAAUUGACUGUGAUUGGCCGAAGCUGCAAUCAUUCAUGAGCCAGCCACAAUGUGCACAGUAAUCUCUCCGGACUCCAGUGCAGACUAGUGACUAGGAAACUGUGUUGAGUGUAGACUGUCAAAACCAAAACUAGUAGCAGGAGUUUUCUUGUUAACAUCUGUAUAUUCUCCCUUAUACCUGUGUGGGCAAUCAUUGCAAUUAGCCCCUAUUUUGCCCCUAAUGCUCUCCCAGUGGCCUAUGACGGACCUACUGUCAUACCUUGAUUUUUACCUGUGAUUUUACCUGAUAUUGGCACUGGAUAUCUCACCUUUAACGAUGAGUUACCUGGACGUGAUACAACCCAUGGGCAGCCUCCUCAUCCUUACAGUGAUGAUAGCCCUCAUGCCUAUAGUGGAUGGAGAGGAUAGGGCCAGGUCGACAAGGCAGCUGCACAAGUUCGGAAGUGAAGAAUAUGAGGUGGUUUUUCCCUACAUCUUUGAUGGAGGCGAUAAUGUUGUGUCCAGAGACUGGAAGAAAGUGGCACGCCAUAAAAGAAGCACCAUUGGACAGAGUGUCAUCCAUGUCAACAUCAGUGGCUUCGGAGAAACGUUCCACCUGGAAAUGUGGGAAAAUAAGAAGCUUCUUGCACCAGGAUUUAAAGUGUACCGUCGAAAAAAUAUGUCCAAUGACACUGUAGAUGAAGAGCAGACGUCAGCGGAAGACCUUGAGAAUGACCUUGAGUGUUUAUAUACCGGGAAUGUUCGUAACCACAACAACAGCCCAGUGGCAGCUCACAUCUGUGACGGAAUGACAGGAAUUAUACGCACAGCUGAAGAAGACUAUAUCAUCGAACCUCUCGAGCAUCACAUUGUUCUUGACCUUGACCUUGACAAUACAAUUGGCAAGCCCCACAAACUGUCAAUAUUGACAAGUCAUCAACGGAUGUUUGAAUCCCCAAAAUCCUCUGCAUUUACCCAAGCAUUCCAGGAUGACAGUUAUGGACAAUGGCGAUGGCGCCGUGCCAGUAGGAAGCAAUGGCCACAGACCCAGGCAGUCACGGAACGAACAGUGGAGAUGCUGGUUGUGGUGGAUAAAACAAUGUACCAUAACCAUGGCGACAAGAAUAUAACAACAUACACACUCACCCUGUUUAAUAUGGUAUCCAAGCUGUUUGAGGACCAGAGCCUCGGGAGCAUCAUCAAUAUAGUCCUGGUUGGUCUUAUUCUCCUGGAGGGGGAUGAGCCAGGUCUGGUUGUGAGCCACCAUGCAGAUCGAACACUCAACAGCUUCUGUACCUGGCAGUCCUUCCUCGUUGGAGCCAACGGUCGCCAGCAUGACCAUGCUAUACUCCUCACUGGAAUGGAUCUCUGCUCCUAUAAGAAUGCACCCUGUGAUACACUUGGUUUUGCUCCCAUAGAGGGCAUGUGUAACCAAAUCCGAAGCUGUACCAUCAAUGAGGACACAGGACUGGCCACAGCGCUCACCAUCGCACACGAAAUGGGGCACAACUUCGGGAUGUACCAUGAUGGCGAGGGGAACUACUGUACUCACAGUGCAGGGUCUAUCAUGGCUCCUACCCUCAUGGGGAAAGAUGGACUCUUCCAGUGGUCCACGUGCAGCAGGGCCUACCUCACAAAGUUCCUCAACACCCCUCAAGCCGACUGCCUGGAGGACAAACCCAAGCAUGUGGCUGAGCUGAAGUUCCCCACCAAGCUGCCUGGUGAGCUGUACAAUGCUGACGUCCAGUGCAAGUGGCAGUUUGGAAGCAAGGCCAAGCUUUGUACAUAUGACUUUGGGAAGGAUACGUGUAAGGCGUUAUGGUGUUACCGGGGCAACAAGCGAUGUGAAACCAAGUUCCUGCCGGCAGCAGAAGGAACCUCUUGUGGUGCGGGUAUGUGGUGUCGCCAAGGUAAAUGUGUGAAAUAUGGACGCCAUGGACCAAAGCCAGUGAACGGAAACUGGUCUGUUUGGACCAAGUGGACCGAGUGUUCUCGGACCUGCGGCAAGGGAGUCAAGUCACGGAGCCGGGAGUGUAACAAUCCCCUACCCCAGUACGGAGGGAAGCCUUGCCAAGGACUCACACAGGAGACCGUCAUCUGUAAUGCAAAGGCCUGCCCCUAUGGGGAUGAUGACUUCCUUGAAGUCCAGUGCUCCACGUACAAUGAGAAGCCAUUCAAGGGCUGGUACCUGCAGUGGAAGCCAUACAAGAAGCUGUAUAAUGCACAGGACCCGUGUAAGCUGUAUUGUGUGGCCGAGACCCAAAACUUUGUGUUCACAGUCAAGCAUCUAGCUAUUGAUGGUACCUCUUGUAACCAUGACAACAUCUGCGUGACAGGUGCUUGCAAGAGAGUGGGAUGUGACCUGGUCAUCGGCUCGGCUGCCCGGAAUGACAUCUGUGGUGUGUGCGAGGGAGAUAACUCCACCUGUAAACUGAUCCAAGGACAAUACACACAGCAGCCCAGAUUAAACACUUAUUUCCCAAUUGCUGUGUUACCCAAGUCUGCAAGGUAUAUCCGAAUACGAGAAAAGGAAAUCUCUUCCAACUUCCUAGCCAUGCGUAACAUCUACGGCAGGUACUACCUCAAUGGCAACCGAGCUGUGGCUUGGCCUGGGAUCUACAAACUUGGAGGGGCUGACUUUACCUACAAGCGGCCAUACAGCAACCCUGAAACACUGGAGUCAGACGGGCCUCUGGGAGAGGAUCUCGUCCUGGAGAUGUUGGUGCAAGACCGCAACCCUGGUAUUGUGUAUGAAUACACCAUUCCCAAAACUCCAGCAGAGCUGCGGCUGACCCCUGCACCAACAACCUCCACCACCACCACCACCACAACAAGAGCACCACGACCCAUUCAGCACAAAGUGAUGUACACUUGGAGUGUAUCCGUGUCGCCCUGCACAGAGCCGUGUGCUGGAGGGAAGAAGAAUGUCACUGCAUCAUGUCGGCGUGAUCUCCGGUUGGUGGUGGACAACAAGUACUGUGAUGCUCGCCGCAAACCCAAGACUGGCCUCUUCCCAUGUAAUGCUCAGCCUUGUCCUCCCAGGUGGUCAGCGGAGGAGUGGCAGUCUUGCACCAAGGCAUGUGGUAGUGGGAAACAGAUACGGAAGAUAACAUGUCGCCAGAAACUGUCCUCGCACAAAGAUCGUCGCCUCAAGCGGAGAUUCUGUAAACACCUUCCCAAACCUGCAAGAAAGAGACGUUGUAAUGUUCAACAGUGUCCGUCCAAGUGGCAUGUGGGCAAGUGGGGCAAGUGCUCGGCAACUUGUGGCAAAGGCAUGCAACAUCGGCGUAUAAUAUGCCGUCGUCGUGAAAGGCGAGGUUUCCGUGUACUGUCGGAGGAGGAGUGUGCCGGGCUGAAGAAACCCAACGUGGCCCGUGUAUGCAAAAUGCCACUCUGUAAAGAGAAAUAUGAAUGGCUGCUGUCGCCAUGGGGACCUUGUUCACGAACGUGCGGUCAAGGGAGGCGGUCGAGAUACCUCAAGUGUAAUCAAGUCGAUGCACAUGGCAAGCAUGCGCCCGCCACCGAUAAUGAGUGUAAACACAAUCGCAAACCUAACGUGGCAAUGGAGGAGACAUGUUGGCUCGUUGAGUGCCCACAGGCGCUACGUGCGUGGCAGAGGCCAUAUUGGCAUGCUUUGCACUGGUCCAAGUGUUCCGCCACAUGUGGGCGUGGCAUCCAGGUACGGAGCAUCAAGUGCAUUGACAGCCAGAGAAGACCACAUCCAUUUGCAUGCAAGUCCCGUAGCAAGCCCCACACCUCCAGGCCAUGCAAUGCUGGAAUAUGUCCGUCCAAAGAUCAACCAGUGUGUGAGGACACAGAGAGCUGGUGUCCGCUAGUCCGGCAACACAAGGCAUGCGACCGACGCUACUACCGCAAGAGCUGCUGCAAGACUUGUCAGGGGACAUGAGAUGAGAUCAGCGCCACCUACAGGACCAGCUUCACACCAGCCCGAAACCUCCGAUCUCGUGCAUGCAUGGUUGUGAUUUGUUCUCAUUGUCGUGUAUUUAUUCACCAUGUCAACUGACAUGUGGCUGAACGUAUGCAAGUUUUUGAAGGCAUUUCAGCUGCGAUUUCUCCAAAACAGAAGGCUGUCUGACUGUUAGACAUUGCCAUUUGGGUAAAAAUAAGUGUUGACAGUUGCUGUAUCAAGUCAGUGUCGGAAGCAUUGAUGUUGAUGAUGUUGUGAGAGAGUAUACAUUGUUUUCUAAACAAAAGCAGACGUCAUUUUUUUGUCAUUGUCAUUGACUCAACAAGUGGAAAUAUGAAAGCAUGAUGACUGAACGAUGAAAAGCUACUCCAUUAUUUAAGUAACGUAUGUGUAUCGUCAACAAUUCCACAAGUCUUUGUGACAGCU